UCUGACGAGAAUGGAAGCGUUGAGGAGGCGUGUGGUUCCAAACAGGAAGAAACUGGGAAAACACGCAGUAAAUACGCUAUCCUCGGACACAGCCAACUAACAGCCUGGGGCAGAUAGUACAAACUACUUUUUCUCCAUGCCGGAGGCCUGUGGACCGUUCCUGGUGAACUCCUUUCAGAUCUGUCCCGCAGUCGGAGGGGCUGUUUGGGGGGGCUGACGCACCAGCAGAAGCGCAGGAAGGCGGGGGGCUGUCACAGCAGCAGGCUAGGCUAGGCUAGGCUAGGCUAAGUUAAGCUAAGCGCUGCAGCCCGAAGAAACCUUGAACUUGUGUAAACUUUGUGGAGUACAACACCGGAAGUAGCAUCACCGGAGUGGUUAAACGACAACCACGGACUCCACAGAUGAGAUAAAUAUACACAAACGUCUAUUAUGUUCACAGUUUUUUUUUUUUUUUUUUAUCUAAAAAGUGUUAGCCUGGCAGCGGACUUAUCGCCAGUUAGCUGUUGAACACAUCCAGGCUCUGGCAGAGGGACAUGAGCGGGAGGAAAUCGCCUCAGUUUGCCCCAUGCACAUCCGCAGAAUGGAUCUAAUUUGCGUUGUUAACCCGUUAAAAGCUAUUGGACGCUAAUUAACACAGUGGAUGUUAAUUAAUCACUGAGGUAUCCGCGGAUGAAAAUUGGUUUUUGACAUAUAAGAGGGACUUUUUCUGUUUUGUUAUAUCGGUUUUUUUUCGAUAACUUCUGCUUUCCGUUAGUGUGGUUAUCAUGGAGGUAGGGGAGCCUGGCAGCGGCAGCUCAGAGCGGUUACAUAACGCCAGCAGGCCGGGAGAGAAGCUGCUGAAUGUCGCCUCCUCUUCAGCCUCCUCAGCCUGGCUCUGACAGCCGUAAACCCCCCUCCAGCGCACACACACACACUAACAGACUGACAGACGCACAAACAAACACAGACAGACUGACAGCAGGACAGCAGCAUGGAGGUGGUGUAAGGCAUCUGGGAGAUAGAAAACAGCAACGAGAAGGAUCGUUUUGCUGAAGAUGGAGUCCAACCCACUGAUUAACGCGAUGGACCCGUCCAUCACGCUGUGGCAGUUCCUGCUUCAUCUGCUGGAGGACCAGCGGCAGCGUCACCUGAUCUCCUGGACAAGUGAGGACGGCGAGUUCAAGCUGCUGGACGCCGAGGAGGUGGCCCGCCUGUGGGGGCUCCGCAAGAACAAGCACAACAUGAACUACGACAAACUGAGCCGGGCACUGAGAUACUACUACGACAAGAACAUCAUAAAGAAGGUGAGCGGCCAGAAGUUUGUCUAUAAGUUUGUAAGUCAGCCCGACCCCUCCCUCCCUGAUGCGAUACGCACUAUAGAGGAGGGCCAGAGGAGGGAUAUAUGCGACUCAAACAACCAAUCAAAAAGCCUUGGGGGCGUGGCACCAACUUGUCCGACAAAGGGCUUGCCCCAGCGCUCAUCACCCAGCAGCUCCCAGAAGAGCUCCAGAAACGACUACAUGAAGUCUGGCCUCUACUCCACCUUCACCAUCCAAUCCCUGCAGGCCUCACCCAAUCCACGGCCAAUCAAAUCAGAGCUCCUGCUGCAACAAGAGCCUGUCCCCAAGGUUGAUCGCACACCGAGAGAGGGGUGUGUGUUACCGGAGUCUAAAUCCUCUCCGUCCGUGGGGAGCGCUGCGGACUCUGUUCUCCAGGUGAUCGUCACUCAGACGUCUCCCUGUCCGACCCCGGCUCUCAGCCCACAGAUACCAGCCAACUCCAAUGGCCAAUCACAGAAUCCUCCUGCUGCUCCGCUGAGCGACCCUCCCCAGAUUUAUCUCACCAACAUGGGGGACCCAUCCACCCUCAUCACUCUUGGAGGGGGCACGGUGAGCCCCGUCCCCCCUCCUCAUGUCUCAAUGGGCACACAGGGCCCACAGCAGGAGGAUUGCGGGGGCCUUACCAACCCCACCAACUUCCCCUCUCACCACCCGCACGCUGCUCCCCAUCAGUCUCACCCUGCCCCUGUGUUCGUUAUUAUCAACCCACCUCCCAAUCAACAGCAGCAGCAACAGGUGCCGAUGACAACUGCUGCUCCUCCUCCCUCUGUUGCUCCUCCUCCCACCGCCCGUCCUCCACCCAUUGUCAUCAAGGAGGAGAAUCUGCCGUCAGAGCAGGAGCUGCUGGAGAUGGUGACACUGGAUGGGAAACAGGUGGAGGUGGUUCCUCAGCUGAUCUGUGACUCGGGAGAGCCAGAGCCUCCCCCCACCAUUGUGGAAAGCCCGCCCCCGCCCUGCAUUGAUGCCGGGGUUGGAGUUCAGCAGCCAGCAGAGGAGGAGAGGACAGAGGGUGAGGGCCAGGACACACUAACAGAUCCAGUCAUCCCCCCGGUGACGACGUCCUCACCAGUGACCUCUCCAGCAGCUUCAUCCUCGGACGCUGUUCCUCCAAAACAAAAGAAGCCACGAGGCCUGGAGCUGCCCUCCUCUCCCUCCCUGCCCCCCGGCCUCUCCCUCGAUAAGGUGAAUGCAGCAGUUAACAGUUUAUUGGCUCCUGGAUCAGCGACCAACACGCUCACCCCGACUGUCAUCACCUCCCACGCUCUGACUCCGGUCCUGUUGACUCCCAGCCCUCUUCCCUCCACCAUCCACUUCUGGAGCACGCUCAGUCCCAUCGCUCCUCGAUCGCCAGCUAAACUUUCCUUCCAGUUUCCCUCUAACGGCAGUAAUCAGAUCCACAUCCCGGCUCUCAGCGUCGACGGCCUCUCCACCCCCGUGGUCCUCUCCCCGGGGCCCCAGAAGCCCUGAGCUCCCCGCCCGCCUGAAGCAACUCUUCACAGGGCACAACCUCGCCCAACGAUCUCCUCAACUGCUGGAGGGUCGGAGGAAAAGCCGGAUCUGCACUGACUCUGAAAUGCAUCACUAAAAACCCGACACCAUGAGAUGUUUAAGCUGCAUCGGCUGACUCUUACUGGUAGGUGUGAUGGUUUAUGUCGGCCUUUCACUGGUGGACGCGUUCACAGCCGAGGAACAGUCAGACCCUCCGCUGAUUCUUACACUUUCUAACAGGUGGGAAUCUGCGCUUUGUGCUCGUUCCACCUUCCUGUUUCUUUCAUAGCUUUGUACUCAAACACUAUGACAGCGGGGUUUCGAGAGAACCAGAUGCUUCUCUCGACUUGAACUCAUCACAAGAAGCCGACACGAGGACAUAAACGGCAUCUAAAGGCCACGAGAAGGCGGAGGGAUGUUUUUCUCUUUUUCUACUGGUGUUUUUUAACCUGCCGUUGGACUUCUUUCUAUAAUAUUGUGAGGUCUUUACCUUACGAUGUAAAAGUGCUCUGACGUGACUGUUGUGAAAUAAAACAGCUUAACCUUGAAGAUGGCUUUUAUAGCCGGUCUGCUUACUGAAAACUGACAGCAAACAAAUGUCUGUUUUCAAACGGUUUCUUCAGUGUGUGACGGAGGGGAAACCGGAGAAAAGCUGGAGUUGUCUCUUAUUUGAGUUUUUACUAAACAGCAGAUUUGACUUGACGUUUUCUGGGAGUAACUGAUCGCAGACUGGAAGGAGGGUCUCACGAACGUUCACAUGGAUGUGUGUAAAAGGAUCUGCAGUUCCUCAUAAUCUCACAUUUUUUCUGAUGGGAUCUUUUUUUUUAAACUCGAGGUUAUUUAUUUCUGUCUUGUUUUCAAUGCACCUUUCUCUGCAGAUUCCUUAAAGGUUCUUGACUGUUUUUAAAACAGUCUCAUCUUUUUUUUCCCACAUUUUUUAAGCUACCAGGUGACCCUCUCCCAGUUGGAAUUUAAUUUCAGCACCAACACUGACAUUUUAUAAACUCACCUUCUGCUGGAUUUCUUCAGAAAUGACUUUCAGAGCCAUUUAAGGGUUGUUGCUUUGCUCUUACUGGCCGAUUUUAAAGGUCACGCCUUUCUCCGGUUCUGCAUGGCCUGUUUUUUUUUUUUUUUUUGGUUCUUUGUUUUUUGUUUUGUUUUUAGUGGACUCCUCAGCAGCAUUUCGAACUGACCAAUCACAAAGGAUGAAGAUGACGGUGGACCUGAGGUUUUUCAAAGCCAAGUUCUUUCUCUAUAAAUGUGUCUAAAUGUGACAGAUUGUAUAUUUUCUCACAGAGUUUAAUGUCCAAACUGAACUGAAGUGUCUGUCAGACUUGAUUUAAAGGUUUUACUGAGGACAGAGUCACAUUCCUUUGGUUUUAAAACAGUGAUAGAUGAGUUUGCGUUACUUAUUAACAACUGCUUAUUGUUUGAAUCUCAGCAGUCAUUCCAGAGAUUUUAUUUGAGCAACUUUGAAAAAUAAAUGUUUUGUUCCCAAAAGCCUUGGAACAAAUCUGCAGUGAUGUUGCCACAAGUUGAAAGAGUCACAUUUAUUCUCCUUUCAUUGAGAUUGCAGGACAUCUUUUAAUAUAUUGAAAGCUUUUUCUGUGCAAAAAACAACAACAAAGGACCCAGCUUAAUGACACUCUGUCAUACCGGUGCUUAUGAUUGAAACAUUUCAAAUAAUUUGAUCAAUUUGUGUUUAAUAAAGCACCAAAAAACAUGAAAAAAAUAAAUUCUCCAACAUCCUGGAGUCCAAGUUUACGUCCUCAUUUUGUACAAACAUCAGCACAACAUUUCAAAAUUAAAAAGGCAUUAGAAAAGCAUCAGAUGGUCUCUAGUGUGAACCUUGGAACAAGAUGACUAAGAAAAUGUUUUUUUUCAUUUAUGGCUUAAACGUAUUUAAUUGGAUCUCGGAAGACGUCCUUGAUGGCAGGGGCGGAUUUAUCUGUUUAUCUGUGUGUGAAAAAAUAUUUUAGUUCUCUGAAAUUUAAAUAAAAACUAAACUUUCAGAUAAAAUACAAAUACACAGGAAGUGGCUCUAACUUUAGUCUUUGUCAGUUUGGUCAAAUUUGCUCUCAGAGUUGAACUUAAACUCCUCAAGGUCAUAAAUAAUCUGACCAUCAAAUCUCAACGACCUCGUAGUACCGUGUAAUCCCACCACAACACCUCACUCGCAGACUGCUGGCUUACUUCUGUUUACUGAGUUUCUAAAAGUUAGAACGAGAGGCAGAGCCUUCGGUGUUCAGGCUAAUCUCGACUUUUAGACUCUGGUAGCUUUGCUGCUGUAGGCUCAGGCUGCUGGAGGACUUCCCAUGAUGCACUGAGAGUUACUUCUCCACUCCCAUCUUUUCACUCCCUGCUGCAGAUUGCAACGUUUUCUUUCUUGUUUCUCGGGUGUUGUAUACGUCUGCCCCUCCCUGCCUGGUGCUUCUGGAGAUCUCUCCUCUUUCUUUCUCAUCACUGUUGCCAAGUGUUGCUCACAGGGGAUCAGCUGAUUGUUGGGGUUUUCUCUUCAACCCCGUAGACUCUUUUUGAUUUAAUGCCAAUUAAAUAAAAUAAAAUAAAUUUGAAUGAAAAAGGAAGAAAUGAAACCUUUAAAAACUAACACUAAACACUUUCAUUGAUUAAAAACUAAACUCAAACAAACUAAAAUUGAGCUGAAACCUGAUUGACCAAAAAACAGAACUGUGUUAAAUGUUGUCCCGUCAGUUCUUACAGUUGGAUUUGAGAUUAUUUAAAGAUGAACAUCCUCUAAUCUUCAGGGCACCACAGUGAUUUUUAUCCACUUAAGAACUUUAAAAGAUCAAAACUCUGUGGAACAAAGUAUCAGAUAAUCCCAGUUUUAAACAUUUUUUAAAUCCUUGCUGGUAAAGUUUGAUAAUUUUAGGUUGUGAGACAUGCGUUUGUAUGUUUUGUUCUCUCAGCGUCGGCUAUGAAGCAUAUGAGUUUACUGUACAUGAUUUACAAACAGCUAGGAGGCUUCAUGCAUUAGAACAAUGAUUAGUUGGAUUUUGUGCAGUUUUUAGUUUCGUUUACAGACCUUUUCCACUAAUACCUGCUCGGCUCGGUUUCCAGGGUUUUCCAUUAGGUGGUAGUACCUGGUACCUGCUCCAUUGGGGUCCUGAAUGGUCCUAAAAUGUGACUGCAUGCCAACAGACAGCAUGCUGCAGGUGGGCCAGUCAGUGGCAUCACUCGAUGUGUCAUGAAAGCAAGUCCUUCACGAAAUUCCAAACUGACAAAUCCGGCAGUGAGGGAAAGUGGCUCCACACAAACCAACACCCUGGUCCGGUGAUGAGGUGCAGAGACUUGGCAUCGGUUUGGCAGCAGGUAUACCAACGCUUCGAUAUUCUCCACUGUUGUGUUGUGGCGCAUACGAAUGACAUCACAGGAAUUUUGGCCGUGUUGCUACAACGACCCCAAAAACACUGAUGCGGUUCUAUUAUAAUGGAAAAUGACUGAAACAGAGUCGAGCCGAGCAGGUCAGACUGGAUACUUGGUUCUCUCAGAUGACCUGGAGUUUUGCUUGAUUUACACGAACAUGUGAUUUUUUUUAAGCAUGUUUGACGUGAACUUGUGGCGACAUCAAAAACCUGCAGAGACCAAAAAAAAGAUAUUUUGUUUGUUUGUUUUCCUCAAAAAUUGUAGACAGACACUGACUCAUGUUCCUCAAAAAAAAAAAAAAAAAAAAAAAAAAAAAAAAACAGACUGUUGAUGUUGUUGUUGUACAUGUUAUUUCUAAUGCUAGCUGUGGUUGCCAUGGUAACCUGACCCGACUGUUGCCGCCCUGCAGGUUGCUGUUGUCAUUGCUGUUGUUAUCGUAGUUGCUGCUGGAGCUGUUAAUGUGUUUCUAUGCUUCUGUGUGUGACGCCGAGGCUGCAGACACACACACACACACACACACACAUACACACAAUGCAGUCUUUGUGAGGAUUCAUUGGAGGCGUUGGUCUGUCCAACUCAAGCUUUGCUCAGUUACUCGCUGUGAUGUUGCUACUGCUGGCACAUCUUGCGCUCUGGCUCGUUGCACACUUACACGUCUUUAUCACAUAAAUAAGAUCAUCUGCCACGUUUGCAUCAAGGGUGAGGAGGAAGCUCGAGCAUAGAUACCCAGAAGGUGCAGAACAUGCUCCAAGAAAACAAAGGUUAAAGAAAACUUGUGUUCAUAUUUGAAUUACACCUUUCUCCAAAUUCAUAACAUUGCGUUUCAGUAUUUCAGUGACAUUUCUGUUAGGAUUACAGUUUAGGGUGCACUGCUGUGCUGUGCCGACCACGCCACAAAUUACUGCAGCAUCACUGCUGUGCUUUUUACCAGCAACAUGGUGUCAUUACCGAAUCUGUAACUACCUGUUUCUACUUGAAAAGUAUGAUGGGGGAAAGAAAAAUACUGCACUAACAGUCAUCCAUGCACAGUCAUCCAUAUUUCUGUACAAUACUACGCUUUGGGUCGCAGACCUGACUGGUUCAGAAAAAGGUAAGAAAGCGGAAGUGGCUUUGCUCCAACAGUGUUUAAAGUUCAACAGACAAGUUGGAAAUAUUUAGGCAGGUGUCGAAGCGCAGCAGGAACUGCACUUUUCUGCACUUCCACUAAUGGCCAAAGUGAGUCAGUCGCUAUUGACUCUCAUGUUCAAAUGUCCAACUUCUUUGCAUCCUACACAAUAUUAUUGUGAAAAAUGUAAUUUGUUUUGAUUUGACAGAUGUUCCCCUCUGCUAAUUCAAGUCGUAGAACUGGACCUGUCUUGUGUGUGCUGUUCCGUGGCACUUUUUGGAAUAUUUUUAAUAGAAAAAUGUGUCUUUGUUUACAGUCAAAUGUAAUGGCAGCAAGUAUCAAGUAAUCUAAGCUUUAAGGUUCAAGGUUGGUUGAGCUGAGAGCAGUGCAGCGUCUGCAGCGAGGUUCAGGCUGAGGACAGGGGGCGCUCUGGAUUUGGACAGAUGCUUCAUAGAUGAGAGGAAAAGCCCGACUACCCAACCUUUCAAAGGUGGGUCCUCACAAGGUUGACCCUCUAUUUGAUUCCCACAAAGAUAGCUGUGCAAACACACACACACACACACACACACACACACACACACACACACACACACACACACACACACAGCUGGAGCGUCAGGGACUGAGUGAAGCUCGUAUUCAGUGUUUCCACCUUCACUGAGGUUAUUCUGCAACUCGUUAAAUACCUGAAACAUCCUGAAAAAGCAAAAUCUUUCAAACCGUUUACCACUUAAUUUUCUUUUACAAUGUGAAGUUUAAAAAGGAACAAAAAUCUGAUUCAAGAUAGGUUCUAAUUUUCUCUACCUGAUCCAAGCUGGAACCAUCCAUCAUCAGCUCCUCUGAAUUCAGCCUCAGAUCGGUCCCUGACAGCGGGAUUUCCCAGCCUUUGCGGCGACGUAAACGCAGCACCAAGCCAUCGUGUUCGACUGUUCUCUCUUUACAGCAUGACUCUAUUUUUCUAUCAGAGAUGACGUGUUUAUAUUGCGUAUAAGAUUUAAAGAGCGACGAAGCCUUAAAGAUUUCAGCUGCAGCAGAAGAAAGAUGCAUCCUCAUUUAAAAAAAAAAAAAAAAGAUACUCCCUGUUGUGUAUCUUUUAGAGCAUGACGAUGAAAAAUAAGCCAUUUAUCGAGAAAAGCUGAACUUUGUGUAUCGAGUUUUGGACGCAGGGUUUGAGUCCGACAUGUUUAACUUCAAGCUAACCUUUCUCUCACCAGCAGAACAUGACGAAUGUCUUUAUAUCGAUUAGAAACUGCUUUGCAUUCUGGGUAAUGUUGUUUUUGAAACUCAUCACCGUCUGAGUGAACUUGACGAAGGGUCUGCUUUGCAAACGCUGCCUGUAUGCAGAUGAAAGAUGCUUGCAAAGUGACAUUUGAGGAAAUACUUCACCUGCAGGCCUUUAAGUCUUAAAACGAUAUUUUCAGACGUCUUUAAUUCACAGAAGUCUUAAACUGUCUCUCUCAAAUGUGAAUCACUGAAAGUGAAGCCACGUUAUGGAAGAGGCAAAGCAAACCCCUGCCUCCAGUUACAUAAGGCAUCUUUUCACUGUAGGGGCAAAGUGUUGUAAAGGUAUCUGCCUUAACAAAGUUCUUGGGCGCUUUCUCCGAGUCAGAAUUGAAGCCGCUCAACGGUACCUACAGAAAGGGUUUCUGCAUAGUUAGUUCCUGAGAUCUGAACAUAUGAAAGUUGAAAGCUAAAAAAAAAAACUGGUUCCUGCAGUGAUAGGCGGUCUGUGGACAUGUACUCAGUAUUUGGUGAUGAGUUUCACUUCAUAAACAUCAUCAGUUAUAUUUUCUGCUCUGGUUUCGUGACACUUAUAAAGGAAGGCGUUCCUUAAAUCCAGUGAGGAAAAUCUGUUGUUCCUGAGCUUUCUGUCUGUUCACUUGAGGCCUGGAGUUUUCUCAGUGAUUUUCAUCUCAUAAACCAAAAGUUGUUUGGGUUUUUCACAGAUGUGACCAAAUGAAUCCUGAUGUAAUAUUUGACCUCCAAAGCCUGGACAGACUUUGCUGCCGGUCGUUCUGCAGCUGAGCGUACCGUCCAGCUGCACUUCAGAAACUGUUCGUGUGCAUACCAGCUCAGUGCAACUUAAUGAAUCUUUGUCUUAAUGUAACACUGUUUAGAAUUGUAGUAACUUUGAUAUGGUAAUACAUCUAAUAUAGGACUUGUUCAAUGACGAAACGUAACAUGCAAAAUGAAUAAAUAUUCACACCUCUUUUAAGAGAGACAUUUCUUUUUAUAACUAAUAUUUACAAUCUGCUUCCUGUUAUCAUAUGUAUGUAUCUGCUUUACUUUUUAAUAGUUUAAAUAUGAAAUAGGUCAUUCAUGGUGGGAAGUACGAGCAGCUGCUUGUUAUAAUGACAAAGAUGGAAUAAAACUUAAAACAAAGGUGUAAAACGAGAAAUUAAAUGAUGGCGGUUCUUGUUUUCACCGAGCUCCGUUACAGGAAAGAGUUGCCUCCUUAUGUCAAAGGUUUGUUGAAAAUAAAUUGGGAAAAUAACUAGAAUUUAAGCUUAAACUCUUUCUUGCCAGGAAAGUUUAUCAUUAUGCAAAAAUUUAAAUUUUUAAAUGCUGUCAUUCAUAUAUAUAUAUAUAUUUUUUUUAAUUUGCAUUUUUUUUUUUUUUGUUAGAUGUUAAUGGAUCUAACUAAAUGUAGUUUAAAAAUUAUAUACUUAUUUGUGCCCACCCAGAGUAUUGUAUUGUAAUAAUAAAAGUUUUAACAGCAAAAUGUAACAUGAAAAAUGAAAGAAGGGACGUUACAUUAGUCUUUUUCUUGACAUUUGGUUAACAUUUGCAUGUUUGGAAAUCGUCUGUCGAGCGGUUUCAUCCUUUGGUUAUUGAGCCUUAAUUGUACAGUUUAAAUUGCUAGUUUUGAGGGCAAAACUAGCAAUUUAAACUUGGGGGAGAGAGCACUGACCCAUGAUCCUUUGCAGCAGGAUGACAGACAGAGAGCUCCGGAAGCCGAUGGCUGACGCGCCUCCUAAUUGUAAAGAGGUUUUCUGUCCACAGUUUGUGUGGAAAUCUUCACUGUAUAUAGAUGCGAAAUAUAAUCUGAACAUAUGAAUAUGCUAUAUAUUCUGUACCAUGUGACAGGCCUAACCAAUGGGCUGGGGGUUGUUAAUGACGUGUUGUUCCUGUGGUCUGUCGUUGCUGUCAGAUCCUGCGUGGCCCCUCCCCUCCUCGGCUGUGAUUGGCCAUGGAGUUUAUUGAUGUAAAGGGGCGGGGCUGCUUUUAUUUUUCUGAGAUAGAGUUCUACAUGUUUAACAUGUUAUUUACUGGAACCAUUUAAAAGAAAAGCUAUUUUUUAUGGACAUGAUUUUAGUUUUUGUUGGUGUACCAUGUUAUGCUGAUGAUUCCUCUUGUUUUCUACAAACACACAUGCACACACACUGGGAGGACGGUAAUAAAACUAUUUUGUCCUGUA